AAAGACUUAAACCCUGCUCAGCUCUGCGUGUCGACAGUCAAAACCCUAAUUCAAAGUCUCAGCAACUUUCAAAAUUCUGAAAUUCACAUCAAGGGAAUUACAAAAGCUCUGUUCUUUCUUGUUUGAGCCGAGCCUAAAGCAGCAUACUUGACAUGAAUUCUCUCCUAAGGUAAGCAGUAAUCAACACCCAUUAGCCCCAAAUCAGGAGACAACUCAUUCUUUUGUGCUUCUUUUCUUCUUUGUAUGCAAAAAAUCUGAUUGGCUCCGAAAGGGGUUUGCUUUGUGAGAAACUGGUUCUUGAUUUAUUCAUUUUUAAGCAUUGGAAUGUAGCAAGGGAUUGCGAUUUUGCUCAAUUGAAUGUUUGUGUGUCCCUUUUGUUGCCAUGCUUACGAGCAGAACCAGCGGAAGGGUGAGUGUCCUGUCUAAAAUGAUUGCUAAUUUGAACCAGUUUCUUCCUUUAUCUCCUGUUGCUUGUGAGAGGUCGAAUGUUGGGCUAAACCCUUCUUCCAUUUCACUUAAAGUUCGGUACUUUCGAGGGUCCAGACUUCUUUAUAGGCCGAAGGUAUCAUCUUCUGAAUCAAUUCAAUCACCCUGUGCUGUUUUAGCUAGCCAGGGCUCCCGCUUGGCUAAGACUAAGGCUCAAGGUGUGCUCUUCGAUUAUUUGCAUUACACUAGGAGCUUGAGCUUCACAGAUGCUGAGCAUAUCAGUAAGAACUCACCUUAUUUUAUUAAGGACUUGCUGUCCAAGGUUGAUAACGAGCAAGAUGUGAGUAAGUCUUUAUCCAAAUUUCUUAGGUAUAACCCAAUUAAUGAGUUUGAACCAUUUUUUGAGAGCUUGGGUUUGAGCCCUUCUGAGGUACCCCUACUUCUUCCUCGGCACUUGAUGUAUUUGACUGAUGAUGGUAUCAUGCUUGAAAAUUUCCAUGUUUUAUGUGGUUAUGGGAUACCUCAUAGUAAGAUAGGUAAGAUGUAUAAGGAAGCCAGAGAGAUUCUUGAAUAUGAUUAUGGAGUGUUGACUUUGAAGCUUCAGGCUUAUGAGAAUUUGGGUCUCAGCAAAGCAACAGUCAUUAAGCUUGUUGGUUGUUGUCCAAGACUUUUGGUUGGUGAUGUUGAUCAUAAUUUUGUUCAGGUUCUUCACAAAUUGAGAGGAUUAGGGAUAAAGAAUGAUGGGAUUGGGAGGUAUCUUUCAGGUAGGGACACUUAUGAUUGGAGUAGAGUGCUCAACACCAUAAAUUUUCUUGAUAAAGUUGGUUGUACUGAGAAGCAGUUUAGUAAUUUUCUUAAAACAAAUCCAGCAUUGGUGUUUGAAGGAUCGGGGAAGAAGUUUUAUGUAUUAUUUGGCAGGUUACUCAAAUUGGGUCUUGAGAAGAGUGAGGUGUAUUCCUUGUUUAUUCAGAAUCCAAAAAUAUUUUCAGUUAAGUGCAUUAACAAUCUUUUGCUGGCACUUGAUUUUCUGUUUGCUGUUGGAAUGAGGGUAGAAGAUAUUGCAUUUAUUACAUCUGGCUAUUUUGAACUCAUGAGUACAUGUUCUCUGAAGAGCCCUAAAACAAUGUGCAGAGAGUUAAAAGUCGGGAGAAAUGAAUUAUCCCAUAUUAUAAUGGGAGAUCCAUCAAAAUUCUUCAAUUUGGCUUCUAAGUCUAGCAUCAAAGGUGAUGAACUGGUAGCUAAUCAGAAUCCAAGUAACCAUCUUGAGAAGAAUAUUUUUUUAUUGAGCUUGGGGUAUACUGAAAACUCAGAGGAGAUGAUGAAAGCAUUGAAAAAGUUUAGAGGCAGAGGGGAUCAAUUACAGGAGAGGUUUGACUGCCUGGUUGAAGCUGGUCUGGACUGCAAUGCUGUUAAAGACAUGAUUAGACAUGCUCCAACUGUCCUUAACCAGUCUAAAGGUGUAAUUCAGGAGAAGAUUGAUUACUUGAAGAACAGGUUGCACUACCCGCUUGAAUUUUUGGUAUCAUUUCCUACAUAUUUAUGUUAUGAUAUGGAAAGGAUUAAUCUUAGAUUUUCAAUGUAUAUGUGGCUGGUGGAGAGAGGUGUAGCAAAGCCCAGGUUGUCCUUGAGCACACUCCUUGCUUCUUCAGAUGCAAGAUUUGUAAAAUAUUUUGUAGACAUCCAUCCUGAAGGUCCAGCAAUGUGGGAGACUUUGAAGAAAUCAUUGUGUUCAAGCUAAGCUACUCCAUUUCUUAUUUAUAGCUUUAUGCUUAUUAUAUCUUCUUCUUUUUUUCUUUUUUUUUUUCAUUUGAAUACAUGAAGUCUAACAUGCAAAUAUUAUAAUUUGUUUUUAUCAAAUUCCAUCUGUAAUAAUUUUGACUCACUAAAGGCACACUCUUGUGAUUGCCUUGCAGUACAUGGCUGAUAUAAUAGUCAUUUCAUGGUAAAUCAUGCUCUGGGUUUCUCUAUUUGUAAAACUCGUUUGUUUGUUGUAUUUGUGAUACAAAUAUUUGAGUUUUGGCCUUUUGAUUAUAGUCUUACCAUCUUUGUAUGUUACCUGUAUGAUGUUUCUAUUUUGUAAAUUGUGUGAUAUUUUCUACUUUGUCCAUGAUAAAAAGGUACAGGUUGA